AUGAUAGUGGGCCUCUCAGAAUGGCCUGCAUUGGAGGUCCUGCCAAGGAGAAAGAAAUGGCUCGGAGUAGAGGAGCCAGAAUUCCUGAACGUAGUUAAAUGUCUCAGGGUGGAAGGUGAUCACAUUGUUGAAGUAGCUCCAGUUGAUUCUGCAACUUAUAAGCAGAUUCUCAACCGACAGGGAAACAGAAAUGCUCAUGUGCUUCAAGAAACUCGAUACACCUUUUCCCAGAUUUUCGGUCCUGAGACUGCUCAAGAAGAUGUGUUUCAAGAUGUCAUAACACAUGGUUUCCCAGAUAUCACUUCAAGCAGAAACUUUCUUGUGUUCUCAUAUGGCACAACAAAUGGGGGCAAGACUUACACAAUGCAAGAAGGAAGCAGCUUCAAUGUUAAUGAUGAAGGCCUAAGAGUUUUAACCCCAGAGUCAGAAGCUCCUAGUACAGAUCAGAACCCUGGACUAAUUCCUCGUAUUGUGGGCCAUGUGUUUGAAAGCUUGAAGCAUCCAGUUGCUCAUGGCUUCUCCUUCAAACCUCAUGCAGCCACUGGUGUGCUUCAGUUGAGCAUGAAGGAGCAAGAGGAGCAAGAGAGAACAAAACGAGAAACUCUUGCUCUGGCUACUUCUGUUUCUUCUAGUCUCCUCUCUUCCUUUACCUGCAGCACCACAUCAGGAGAUGGAGAUGGGAAUGGAGAUGCUUCUCAUAUGCAACUGGAUGAUCCUUCCACUCUUGAGAGGAAAUUGCCUGGAUAUGAAGUGUCUGAUAGCAGUCUGUAUAUCUCACAAGGAAUUGGAGUGCAGCAUAGCAUUUGGGUCAGUUUUGUGGAGAUCUACAACGAACAAAUAUAUGAUCUUCUUGUCUCUCGACCCCCUGGUGCCAAGCAGCCAUCUCUGAAGCUGGGGAGGAACAGAGGAGUCACAUACAUCAAAGGUGUGAGGGAGGUGUGUGUUCAUUCAAUGGAGGAAGCAAUGAGACUUUUUCUUAUUGGCAGUCAGAAUUUGCGAUUUGCUUCCACCAAGAUAAACCCCCAUUCAAGUCGAUCUCACUCCUUAUUUCGUAUCCAGAUCUUGACUGUCAAGGCAUUUCACCAUCCACCAGAUGUACAAAUAUCAACGAUCCAGUUCAUUGACUUAGCAGGAUCAGAGAGAGCAGAGAAGACAGAAAAUGUUGGUGAUCGUCUUGCAGAAGCAAGCUCUGUCAAUAAGGGCCUUUUGGCCCUUGGCAAUGUCCUCCGUUCCUUCAAGAACCAGGAGGUGAAUCCAAAAACUCUUGUGCCUUUUCGCAACUCUCGUUUGACAGAGAUCCUGGAGAACUUUUUAUCAACCCAGAGAGAGAACACAAAAGUUACAAUGGUUCUCAACAUAUCUCCAGAUGUCUAUCUCUUUGAUGAAACUCACCAUGCUCUCAAGUUUGGAGCCCUUGCAAAGAGUGUGAAAACUACUCAUGUCCGGGGUCCAGAAAGAAUCGCCAACUCCAAAUUUGGAUUGUUUGUGCGCCGCUCUCUGGUGGCAAUUGAAAACCAGAUUCCUCAGCAGCAAAGAUCUGUCCCUUUCAAUGGAUUUAAUAAGUUCCAAAAGAUGGAGACCCAUCAGAAGCGAGACGGUGCUGUGAAUGUUUGCGAGACUGUGAAAUUUUCGGCGGGAACAAAAACGAGUGAUCCUCCUCUACCAUUUUCGGAGCGGUUUGAAACCACAACAGGCGUUUGA